AUGACUAGCAACCAAAGGAUUAAGGAAACUCUCCCACCUUCAACAACUCGUUUCUUUAAAGUUAUAACAACAUCAAUUUGUCAAGAUGAAAAGCUGAGGAUUCCAAACGGUUUUAUUAUGAAACAUAAAAAUGAUAUAUCAAAUCCAAUGUUUCUCAAGACUCCGGAUGACAAAAAAUGGGAAAUGCAUGUCGCUAAAGUUGACAACGGUUUUUGGUUUCAAAAGGGUUGGAAGGAAUUUGCUACCUAUUAUUCACUAGAUCACGGACACAUGAUAUUCUUUGAAUACGAAGGAAACUCUCAUUUUGUGGUACACAUAUUCGGCCUGAGUACACUUGAAAUUGAAUAUCCUUUGAAAGAAAAUCAUCAUGAACAAGACAACUUUAUUGAAAUUAGUGAUGACGACUCAGUUGAAAUUUUGGAUAAAUCAACUUCAUGCAAGAAGAAGUCUAGACCUAAAUCACCAAUUUCAUAUCCUCGGUCACAUAAGAAACUCCGAAGUGACACAAAUAAAGAUGUUGGAACAAUCUCCAAAUUUCAUAACUUUUGCGAGCAUCAUGUUCAAGCUAAUGACGAUACAAGUGGUAGCGUUGAACGCCAGAGAGCGAAGCAUGAGGACGUACAAGAAAACGAGCAGAUAAUUUCUAAAAUUAAUGAUACAAGUGGUAGCGUUGAAUGCCAGAGAGCGAAGCAUGAGGACGUACAAGAAAACGAGCAGAUAAUUUCUAAAAUGAAUGAAGCGUUAAAUAGAGCUAGAAGUUUCAAAUCUAAAAAUCCUUCAUUCAUGAUUGCCAUGAAAUCUUCAUAUCUUAGCUAUUCUUUGUAUGUCCCAACAAAAUUUAUAAAAAAUCAUUUGAAGAAAGGGAAAAGUGAUAUUCUUCUUCAGCUCAUUGAUGGGAGAACUUGGGAUGUCAAAUAUUCUGUGGGAAAACUUAGAGCUGGAUGGACGAAAUUUGUAGGAGACAAUAAGUUGACAGUGGGUGAUGUGUGUGUGUUUGAGUUAACCAAAAGUAAAGUUCUUACUUUUAAAGUACUAAUAUUUAGAGUUGAAGAAUCACAUUUCCCUUUAUCUCAAGAAUCGGAUCAAAGAGACAAAGACAUGUCGGGUGUUGAGAAUCAAACCAUUAUUCUCGAUAAAGAUAAGAAGGCAGCACAAAGAACUUCAUUACGAACAAAAACUCAUUUAUCUAUAAGUGAAGAUCAGAGGAAAGAUGAUAAGUUCAACUCUAAAUAUCCUUUUUUCAAAGUCAACAUUACGAUGAUUGAUCGAGGGAAUUCUAGAUUGACUGUACCAAUAAACUUCAUUAGGAAGUACUUGGGUGUUAAAAAAGAGCAGACUGUGGUGUUAAAAUUUGGGAAGAAAUCAUGGCCUGUAAAAUUGUUCUGUUAUUCAGACAAAAGAUCAGGACAGAUUUCUGGAGGUUGGAAUCAAUUUUGGAAAGAAAAUAAGUUGAAAAGUGGAGAUGUAUGUGUCUUUGAGCUCAUCAAGAACAAAGAUGCUAUACUUCGAGUUCAUAUUUUUAGAGGCAAUUGA